GCCCCAGCCCUCCCCUGAGACCCCCCCCACAGCCUGCCUACCUGUCCUGAGGAACUGCUCCCAUCUAUUUAACACUGUCCUGCGGUCUUAGAGAAACCACACCAGGUAGAAAGAAGCUUGGAGACGCAGCCUCCCUGCUCACCUCGGGCCACAAAACCACGACCUACGCAGGUUCGCAGGUUCGCUUCUCUAAUUGUCUAAACUGACAUCCUCAGCCCCCUCCCUCUGCCACCCCCUACUGUGACUUGCAGGGACUGGCACAGAACGUUUUUCUGCACUGACCACAGUAGCGAGAACCUCUGGAGCAUAUGCUCUGGGCCAGGCCCUGUAAUCCUCACCACAGAUCACCACCGCAGGGUGGGGUAUUAUUAUUUUCCGUUCUACAGAUUAACCUGAGAAUCGGCAAGGUCGGGAAGGUUUGCUCAAGCUCCCAUGUAGCAGGUGACUGGCAGCGUUGAGACUGGCCUUGUGGCAUGAUGCACUCAUACAAGAGUCAUAAUCACACUGGGCACAUGCAUAAGGUUCCAGCCCAAACCUGGUCCUCAGGGUCCCUUGGUGUCAGGUGCCUCCAGGCUGAGCCUCUAGUUUUCCAUAUGGGCAGAUUGAGCCCUCAGAGACACGAGGCGUUGCCCAGGAUCACAUACAGCCGCUGUGGUCAAGGCUGCUCAAAAACCCAGGCAAGUCCAGGACCUGGCUGAGCUUCCAGGGCUGCUCUGUGGGCUCACCAGUGAUAUCCCAUGGGCAUCAAAGGAUGAGUAGGAGUUUGCCAGUGGAAAAAUGCAGGCAGGGAUAUUUCAGGGGACCCGUGGGGUUUGGGCACCUGAGAGCUUGGCUAGUUCCAUCUGUACCGUGGCAGUUAAGGGUGUGGGCUUGCGCACUAGACGGGCCUGGAAUGGGUCCCCAGGCCUGCUCUGUGACCUGUGGCAGGUGACUUAACAUUCUGAGUUCCUGUCUCCUCGUCUGUAAAAUGAAGGUAACAAUGAUCUCUUCUGUCACAAGGCAAUUGCCGAGUUAGCCCAGGAUGGGAUGCGCGGUAGGGGGCAGACGGGUACCCAGGAGGGAAGACUGGAGACUAUCGGUGGAGAACAGAUAGGAACAAAGAAUGAUGUGGUUGAGGAGGUCAUCAGAGAUCAGAUAGACCGGGAGGGACCUUGAGAGUCAAACUAAGGAAUUUGGCUUCACGUCAAGGGCAGUGGGACGGUGUGGAAGGCCUUAGAGUCAAGGAGUGACGAAUGGGAUUUGUGCUUCAGAGCAAAGGCCAGGGUGACCCUGAAGAAGGAUGAAGAAGAGGACACUGUGCUCUAAACCUCAGCCAUGUCCUUGCCCCUCGGCCCGCUCAGCUCUGUGAAGUGGAGGACGCUCUGCCUGAUUCGGAGACUCAGCAGGGCUGGUGAGGGGCUGCCCUGUCGCCGUGGCCCUGGACAUCUCAGGUCCAUGCACCUGCACCCCUAGAGAAGGACCCGGGGUUCCCGGUGACCAGGCCUUUGCUUCCUCAGAGCCAACCCUCCCCCACCACAAAUGCAGAUACACUCCCAAGUCCCCAUCACAGAGAAAGGACAGGCGGCACCGCCAUAAUUUCUAUUUCCUUCUAAAUAGAUGCUCCCAGACCUGCUCCCACAAAACCAAUUAAAGCACCUGCCUGGGAUGGGGCUUUGUCAGCAAAUUAUUUUCAGGCUGUGAGGCCUGGGAAUAAAUCUCAGCAGGGUGAAGUGGAUCAGAUGAGGAGGGAAGCUGGAGAUGGGGCGCUCGGACAGGCAGGGGGCACGGGGUCACUCUGCGUCCAGGGAGCUGCCGGCGAGAUGCUCGCUCGGCGCCCAGACCCCCAGCCCAGACCCCCACGGUUGUGCCAGAAAAUCAUUCACCAACGAGUCAGACAUCCUGGCUCCAUGUCGGGAACCCUCCCUGGGAAGCUGCUGUAAACCGACUUCCGGCGCCAUAGUGCAGAGUGGUGGCCUGAGCAUCCCACGUCACCCUCACCACCACCUCUCCUGCAUCCCUGGGCUGCUUGUCCAUCCUGUAGCAGGAAGCAGAUGCAGACAGCCUCAGUGCCAGUCAAGAGGCCUUGGCUCCCAACUCACUAUGGGACCUUGGGCAAGUCCGUCCCUGCUCUGGGCCUCGGUGUUCCUACCUGUAAAAUGGGGAUUCAGAACUGUAUUACAAAGGUACUGGAAGGGCUCCCCCUGUUUGGACCACAACCUUCAAGGAGUGACUGAUGCCACCAUGAGUCCUCACCCAACUCUGCAGCAGGAUACAGUAGAAGAAACUGAGGCAGCUGGAGACCAUGUGAGAGAGGGACUCUGUGUCCAUGCUUGGAGUUUCCCAUGGUUUUCCGAGAGCAUUUUUUAUGUUACACAUUUCAUUCCAUAUGUACCAGGAAAAAAAAUAUACUCGGCCCUUCAGGUCCAACAUUUCAUGGAUUUUGAAAAUGAACAUAUAUUUUUGAAGCAAAAAAGAAUCACAAGUAGAUGGGAACAAACAGAAUGGGUCACGGACCUCGGAGGGGCUGAGACCAGCAUCCACCCUUCCUCUCCAUUUGCACACAGGCAAAGGGACACUGGGGGACAACCUGAGCCGGCUACUGGGUGUGAGUCCGUGCCAAGCCGUGUGUGGGCACUUUGGCCAGUGUGCGGUCUCUCAGCCAUUGAGGGCUGCCCCAGAGCCAUCCUCUAGACAUGACCUCUCUGGUGCCAGAGGAGAGAACUAGGCUCAGGGGGGAGCCGCGUGCCCAAGGGCUGUCUGCUGGCGAGUGAGGAGGGGAUUCUAGGACCAGUGCCUAUGUGUUCCAGGGCACAGAGGCUGGACCUACCUGCGGGGGUUUCCUGGGCCUGCAAGGCCACCCCAGAGCCUUCUGAUUAGUCCUAUACUCAUCCAGCUGCGCAGGGCUGGAAGCUCCUGAAUGUCAGGAUCUGUCCUGGUUUUGUUUUUAAUAAAGGUGGUUAUAAGAAGCUGUACAGUGUAUUAGAAUAACGAUACAAGCUCAAAGAACUUGUGAGCUUUGUGACAAGCUGUGACUUUGGGGCACAUUACUCAGCUUCCCUGAACAUUAGCUUUCUCAUCUGCAGAGUAGGGAUGCUAUUACCUUCCUCAGAAGAGCAUUUUGAGGACAAAACGAGAUAACGUAUGUGUAUCAGUUAAUGUCCAAUCAGGAAAAGAGUAUUUUAUUUACGUGGUGAAUGUGAUCCAAGGAAUUAACCACACAGGAGACAGAAGAGCUGAGAAGCCAAAUGGGAUGGGGCAGUGACCCAGAGAUCAUUGUAGCAGGAAGCCACUUUCACUCUGGGCACAAAGCGAGGAGAUGGGACUUCCAGGGUCCUGGUAGAGGUUGGAACCAGAGAGGGCCCAUCCAGGGGAGGGGUGGCACAGCACACAGUGUGCCCAGCCCAGUCAGUGAAUG